UUGCGGUUGGCUAUAACAUGCAGCUUGAGCAGCAAUUACACCUGACAUUGGAUCAGUUGGUAGGGAUCUAUAAUGGCACCAUCAGAUACUGGAAUGACAGUACUUUCAUUGAAAACAAUCCAAACUGCACUUUCCCAAAUGCAAGUAUUAUUGUCUUAGCAAGGGCCGACAAAUCCGGUUCCACAGAUCUAUUUACACAUGCGCUAGCGGAAGGAAAUGCUGCAUGGAAUGAAACAUACGGUUACUUUGCUGAGGGGUUAAAUAAAGCAACAGGACAACCAUACCAUUGGAAUCCUAGUGCAAUAACUUAUUAUGGCGUGCAGACAGAUGGGAUAAAUGGAUUGCUUUUGUCGUUUGAGAACUCGAUAGGAUAUUUAUCAGUAGCAGAUGUCACAGAAUGGGUGGUGCACACUGCAUAUAUAAAAAACGAUGUUGGCGAAUACAUUUAUCCAACAACAAUAGCAGUGCAGAAAGCUAUGGACUAUUUCUCUGCUAUAAACACAGAGUUAAAUUUCCCAGUUACACAUGCCCUAAGCUCGGGAGCAUACCCAAUAGCUGGUUUUACCCAUUUUCUCAUCUACAAAACAAACUUGACAGAUUGCGUUGCAGGAAAAGAACUUGUUCGUUAUAUCUAUUGGGCGUUGACGGAAUCUGCUCCUCGACAUGAGUGUGAGAUUCUUGGAUUCGCUCCCCUCAGUGCUGAUCUCGUUGCACGUGUAAAGAGGGAUGUGUUAGAGCAUGUAUAUUGCAAUGGACAGAAUCUCUGGGAACAAGUAUUGUACGAUAUUGAAAAUGAGGGUAAGGUUGUUGACAAUACCUGGAUAACUAUAGUUGCCGUCUCUGUCCCGUUGUCCGUGUUGAUUGUAGGUGCACUUGGUGGAUAUAUAUUAUAUCAAAGGAUAAAGUACUGGAAAAUGAUUAACAGCAACGAUUGGUUUAUUCCAAUUGAAGACAUUGUAUUUUAUCAAGAUGCACGAAACAACUCGACGUCUAGGACUUCUUCUCUUUUCACACGUUCCGCUAGGUCUUUGCAGUCUGCCCAAAACUCUAUGGGGAGAGAAGAACUCGAUGCUCUUCUUGAAAAGGUUUUACAGUGGCCUGGCAAGUGGAAUGGAUACGAUAUAGGAGUGAGACUGCUAGAAGUAAAAAGGCUACAAAAUCUCACCAAACCAAUGAAACAAGAAAUGCUCAUAAUUAAAAAUAAAAUAUCCCAUCCUAACAUCGUCAGGUUUUUUGGUUUAACAUUCAUAGACGACGAAAAAUAUAUCAUUGGAGAGUUCUGUCGCAAAGGUUGUCUCGCUGAUUUGUUACAAGACAACAGAAUCACAAUGACAAAUGAUUUUAAACUUGCACUAGCUCUUGAUAUUUGUCAAGGUAUGCUUUUUCUACACACACAGCACUUUAUACAUGGAAAUCUUAAGUCACACGUUUGUUUUGUCGAUAAUAAAUGGACAGUGAAAGUUGGUGAUUGGGAAUUUGUCCGGAUACUAACUUUGGGAAAGGAAAAUGCAGCGUAUGUGGCAGCCGAAAUCUAUAGCAACAGUUUAACCAAACAAAAUGUAACAUGCAAAGACUUUUGGGUGGCACCCGAAAUACUGAGGGCAAAUUAUAGGUGCGCUCUUACAACGCAAUCCGACAUUUACAGUUUUGCUAUUUUACUGCAGGAAAUAUACACCCAAGAGGAACCAUAUAGUGAACAUUUAGGGACAUCUUCCUCGGAGGAAAUCAUUCAUGGAAUAUGCUCAAGCAACCUUCGGCCAAAGACUCAGUUGGAUCUCCCGGUUUCUAUAAGACAGGUAAUGGAGAUAGCAUGGACGGACAAUCCUGCUAGUCGACCAUCUUUUGAACAAAUACUUAAACUUCUAAAAAGAAACAAUCCGCUAAGAAAAUCAGUGAUGGAUAGUGUCAUCCAGUCUAUGGAAGAAUAUACUCAGCAUCUGGAAGAGUGUGUAGAAGAGAAAACAGUGGAAUUGGAAUCUUCAAAGAAACAGUUAGAAACCGUUAUGUCUAGCAUCAUUCCAAGUCAAAUUGUCAAUUGUUUAUCUGUUGGAGAAUCUCUGGAUCAGAAAGAUGUGAAAAUUCUAGGUGUGAUCUGCUUAGAGAUAAUGAGCAGGGACGACGAAUACAAAGAACUGAGCCCAACAGAAAAACUCAAGAAACUCAACAGUGUCUGCUCGUACAUAGAUCUUCUGGUUCACAAGUAUUCAGCUUUCAGAUACAGCUCAACGGGGACCUCUUUCACGAUUGUUGUGGGUAUUGGUGAUAUCAAUACGAACGAAAACGAAAUUGCAAAUAAAACUGCUCACAUGUGUGUAGAUUUCCUAACAAGAGAGCAUAUGGAGAAUUCAGAUUGUACCCCAGAAGAUCUCCGAAUGCUUCAGUUAAGUAUUGGAGCCCAUGUGGGGUCAACUGCAACAGGGAUAGUUGAAACGGACACACCCCAAUUUGUGUUGCUCAGUGAUUUACCGGAAGUUGUCAGAAGCCUUUCAAGAUCAUGUGAUCCGUCCAAAAUUCACAUCACACAUUCUAUGAGAAACAUGAUUAUUUCCUUCAAUAACUUUUCCAUCGAGAGAUCAGGGUUGCUCAUCGUAAAGGGCGUAGAGUACGAGACUUGUUGGUUAACAGGACGAACCCAGAAAUGGACUUCGGGCCUUCCAGAGAAGAAGGAAGAGAAAUGUUUAUCGCCUUCAAAUCACCUUGCUCUACCAAAUGUAGAGAAAACAAUAGUGCCUCCACCUCCUAAUGAAAAAAUCAAGUACGUGAAUGAGACGCGACCUCAACAUUUUGAAAAUGGGAAUCUCAAAAUGAGCAAUGGCAAACCGAAGAACAUGUAUCCCAAACGAAGGGUUACCAAACAGCGAAAUGAUGCUCUCCCUGAUGUUAUAGAAGAUUCUGUGGAUGUACUUGAAAGAUGAAUUUAAUCUAUGUUUUUUGUCA